AUCCUUUGUGGGUUUUCGUUAUUGUAUGUGAUUGCCUCCAUCUUUUCUUGAUGAAAGUUUGGUUAUUCAUAAGAGGAAAAUUUUCCAUUAUUGCAACUCACCAUGUUUUGUACUUGGUUGUGCAGGCUGCACCGGUGGAGUGGGCAGAGGACGAAUUUUUGCAAAUGGUCUUGGUGCAGGUGGUGGACAUGGUGGGAAAGGUGGUGAUGGAUACUAUAAUGGCACCUUCAUUAAUGGCGGUGUUGCGUAUGGUGAUCCCAAUCUCCCUUGUGAACUUGGCAGUGGUAGUGGAAAUGGUAGUCUUGCUGGCGAAACAGCAGGUGGUGGGAUUAUUGAUAAUUGAAGUGAUAUCGGGUUGAAAGCUAAGCGAUUGUGUAGAAAUGGUCAAGCGACCGUUGAAAAUUGAAGACUGAGAAGGCAUUUAGGAUUUUUAAUUAUUUAAUUCUUGUAUUAGAAUCUUUUUUCAUGUACUAUUGUAGAAUGUAUAUAUAAACAUAAUAUUAAUAUUUUA